AUGACUCGUAAGAGCACGAUUAAUCGUAUAGUGUUUCUUAUGCUUCCUUGGUGUGGUAUCGGUUCAGACAGAAUAAUUAUAGUAAUAGCCAGAUUAUUUUGGAUUUUUACAUUAGGAUUCAUUGGAUUUUGUCAUUGCCUUUACUUUGCGACGCAUUUAAAUGCACAGAACUUUUUUAACUUGGUAGAUUGCUUAUGCAGCUUCUUAGCACACGCGAAAGUAAUCACUAAACUCGUUGCGUUUUGGUUGAACCAACAAAAAUUCGUGGAGACCUUGACGUUAAUCACGGACGACUGGAAUGAUUGCGCUGAGAAUGAUAUUGGCAUACGCGUGAUGACAGAUAAGGCAAAGUUAUCAGAUCGUAUCACUAAUAUGAUAUUCAUCCUUCACACAGUGACGAUUACUGCGUAUUGCCUGGGAACUGUUAUCGCUGAUGUCGAUAUUACAGAUAAAAUGGAGCUGCCGCUUAUCAACAAAUUAGAGCUUCCCUUCAGUGUUAAUACGCAACGAAUGUAUAGAUUAGUGUUAAUUAUAGAAUUUAUGCACAUGAUUCUUACAAAUUUGGCAUCUGGUGUUAUAAAUACCAUAUUUUUGGCUAUGAUUAUACAUGUAGGUGGUCAAAUGGAUGUUCUUCAACGUUGGCUGGCAGAAUUUAUUCCCAAAGGAAUUGAAAAUAAGCAAAAAUCAGUCGUUAUUGCACCAAACAAGAUUAUUUUCAAACAUCAAAAAAUUAUUCAAUUUUCAGAAUGUAUCGAGAGCUUGUAUACCUUCAUUGCAUUAUUGAUAUUCGCGUCAAACACAAUAUUGAUGUGCUCUCUAGGUUUUCUUAUUGUAACCGCUAUUGGUACAGCAGAUAUCGUGGAGCAAAUGAUGAAAUGUCUUUUAUUUUUCACAUCAACAAAUCUGGAGGCAUUCAUAUUUUGUUACGCCGGAGAAUAUUUAAAUAGUAAGAGCAAAGAAAUCGGAUUUGCGACGUACAAUUGUGCAUGGUACAAUUUGAAAUCUAAAGAUAGUCGCAUUUUGUUACUCGUAAUAUUACGAUCACAGAAACAAUUAACGCUAACAGCUGGCAAGAUAAUGGAUCUCACAUUAGAAUCUUUUACAAGUGUAAGAUUUAAGCAAAAUAGAAAAUUUUGAUACGUUAUGACUCGUAAGAGCACGAUUAAUCGUAAAGUGUUUCUUAUGCUUCCUUGGUAUGGCAUCAGUUCAGACGGAAUAAUUAAAUUAACAGCCAGAUUAUUUUGGAUUUGUACGUUAGGAUUUAUAGAAUAUAGUCACUGCCUUUAUUUUUCGAUGCAUUUAAAUGGGCAGAACUUCUUUAACUUGGUACAUUGCUUAUGCAGCUUUAUAGCUUUCGGGAAACUUAUCACUAAGCUCGUUGUGUUUUGGUUGAACCAACAAAAAUUCGUGGAGACUAUGAUGUUAAUCACGGAAGACUGGAAUGAUUGCGCUGAAAAUGAUAUCGGCCUGCGCUUGAUGACAGACAAGGCAAAGAUAUCAGAUCGUAUCACUAAUAUAAUGUUCGUCCUUCACACGGCGACUAUUACUAGUAUUUCUGUAUCUUCCCUCGGAAUGAUUAUUGCUGAUUUCGAUAUUACUGAUAACAUCGAGCUGCCGCUUAUACACAAAUUAGAGCUUCCCUUCAGUGUUAAUACGCAACGAAUGUAUAGAUUAGUGUUAAUCACAGAAUUUAUACACUUGAUUUUUUCAAAUUGGAUGUCUGGUGUUAUAAAUAUCAUAUUUUUGGCUAUGGCUAUUGGUACUGCUGAUUUUGUGGAGCAGAUGUCGAAAUGUGUUUUAUUUUUCACAAUAACAAACAUGGAGACAUUCAUAUUUUGUUACGGCGGAGAAUAUUUAAAUAGUAAGAGUAAAGAGAUCGGAUUUGCAACGUACAAUUGUGCAUGGUACAAUUUGAAAUCUAAACACAGUCGCAUUUUGUUACUCGUAAUAUUACGGUCACAGGAACAAUUAACGCUAACAGCUGGCAAGAUAAUGGAUCUCACAUUAGAAUCUUUUACAAGUGUAAGAGAAGAGAAGUAUAGAAAUUUUUGA